AUGAGCUUCCAGGCCCCACCCACACUCCUGCAGCUGGCAGUGCAGAGGCUGCUGAGGGAGGAGGCCCUGGCCAUCUCUGCUCUGCAGGACCUGCCCAUGGAGCUCUUCCCCCGACUCUUCCAGGAGGCCUUCACCCGCAGACAGUCUGCCGUCCUGAGGGCGAUGGUGCAGGCCUGGCCUUUCCCCUGUCUCCCAUUGGGGGGUCUGAUGAAGAUGAAGGAUUCCUACCUGGAGACCUUACAAACUGUAUUGGAUGGGAUCGAUACACUGCUUGGCCAGAAGGCUCACCCCAGGAGCCACAAACUUCGAGUUCUGGAUCUGCGGGCUUUGCACAGGGACUUCUGGAACGUAUGGGCUGGAGAUAAGCCAGAUGCCUGCUCUCGAGUGGUCAAGCGUAAGAGGAAAACACAAGAGAGAUGUGCAAGGAUAGGGGCGGAGCAGUCCUUGAAGGUGUUUGUAGACAUAUACCUCAAGCCAAGAGCCCUGGAUGCGUGCCUGUCCUACCUCUUCCUGUGGGUGGAAGGGAGGAAGGGUUUACUGCAGCUGGGCUGUAAGAAACUGAAGAUCUCCACGAUGGCUAUCCAGAACAUGGUGAAGGUUCUGGAAAUGCUGGAUCUGGACUGUAUGGAGGAAGUGGAAGUUUGCUGCACCUGGAAACUGUCCACCCUGGCCGGCUUUGCUCCUUACCUGGGCCAAAUGAGAAACCUCCGCAAGUUCCUUCUCUCUCAUAUCUGUGAGCCUGCCUCCAUUUCCCCAGAGGAAAAGAGGAAGUUGAUCAGUCAGUUUACGUCUCAGUUUCUCAACCUGGAGUGCCUCCAGGAGCUCUCCCUGGACUCUGUCUCCUUCCUCGAAGGUCAAAUGUACCAGGUGCUCAGGUGCCUGGAGGCCCCCUUGGAGACUGUCUCUAUCACCGACUGCCAGCUUUCAGAAUCAGACUUGAAGUCCCUGACCCAGUGUCCAGGCAUCCGUCACCUCAAACACCUGAACCUAAGUGGUGUCAUACUGACCAACAUGAAUCCUGAGCUCCUCCGAGUCCUGCUAGAGAGAGUCGCAGCCACCCUGAAGACCCUGGACUUGGAGAACUGUAGGAUUGUGGACUCCCAGCUCAAUGUCUUUCUGCCUGCCCUGAGCAGCUGCUCCCAGCUCACCACAUUCAACUACUUAAGGAAUCCCAUUUCAGUAGCUGUUCUGGAGCGCCUGCUCUGCCACACCGCUGGGCUGAGUUGCUUAAGCCUGGAGAUGUAUUCUACCCCCUGGGAGAUUUAUGGUGCCCAGGGUGCUUCUCACCACAAGCGGCUAGAACAGCUCCGUGAGGAGCUGAGUAGGACAAUGAAGCCACUGAAACGCACCAAAACAGUGUGGUUCAGCAUCAUUCCCUGUCCACCUUGUGGCAACCAGGACAUGUGA